UCCCUGGGCCCAGCGAGCGGCCUUUCGAGGCUGCACUUUCUGUCCUGCACUGCCCAGGCGCCAUGGCCCAGGCUAUGGUCUCCAACAGGCAGGUAAAGCACGUAACCGAGGACCCCAACCGCCUGUGGAUAUGGGACAAGGCCACGUACGUGGAUGAGCAUCAGCGCACCUGGCUGCCAGUCAUCCUCAAGACGGAGAAUAACCUGCAGGUGCUCCUGCGGCAGCAAACAGUCCAGAUGGGGGACCCCCAGACCCCCAACCAGCUCCGCCCAUGCCCUCUGCCUCUGAUGUGGCAGCACUACCUCCCGCAAAGAAUAUACCGAGCCAACGACUCCUCCUUCUGGCGUGUAGUGUAUCACAUUGAGUUCUGCGGCACAGAGGACAUCCUCCUAGAGAAAUUGCCGAACCAGGAGAAGCUGCCAAACCAGCAGUGUCCUUGACGUGGAACCGACUGCACAGAUGCCUCUUGGGGACAGCCUGACAGUGGCAAGCAGGAACAUUGGAAACCUUGUAAUUAUCAAGACCCUGGCUGGAAGAGCAAUAUCAGUUGCAACAUUCUGUUUACCAAAUCCUGGCUCAGCACAGGAAGUGUGCUGGGACUCUGAUACAGUAGCAAAGAAGCAGGCGGAGAACCCAGCAGAAUCUCAGACCUAAGUAGAGCGAGGAGACCUGAGGCAGGCAGGCAGGCGCAGUACAGCAGUCGGUGUCACAGACUUUCUUUUCUUAUUGGCACGUAUUCGUAACAUUCAUAACAUUGCCCAUCUCUGUGGGAUUGGCCCUUGUGCGCAAUGCACCUGGAUUCCUUCCUCCCUCCCCUUUCCUGGCCUCUCUUCCCCGUCUGUCCAUCUUACGGAUCUCCGUCUGCUUUGUACAUGUGAUCAUAUUUUUCAUUACUGUUAUUUCCAAAAAAGGUCUGCAUUUUUCUUAUUUCCUCUAGGCUUAUGAGGUUUGCCCCAGACCAGUACUGGCAAGCCUUCUAGAACUUUCAAUGCCACAAGCAGCCCACUGCAGCACACGUGCCGUGGGUUCGCCACCACUGCCCUGGACCCAAGUUCAGGGAGUCCUUCCUUUUCUGAUGAGGACUCGCUGUGCUUCCCAGACUAGCUUCAGUGAUUCACAGUCCUCCUGCCUCAGCCUCCCUGGUAACUGGGAUUUUACAGGCUUGUAUCACUGCGCUGAGUUAAGGAAGAUACUAAAAGUUUUUCAGAUAGAUGAUGUAGCUCAGUGGUACAGUAUAUAAUCAGGAAGCACAGGGCCUGGGUUCAAUCUCUAGCAACCCUCCAAAAAAGACUUCAGGUAGAGGGCCUUUUGGUUUUGUAAACUUUGUUAUUAAUUGAUAGUUUUAUUACCCAAAAGUCAGGAUGUUCUCUUUUUAAUUCACAUCUUUUAUGUGGCCUCCCUGGCUCAGCUUGGGUGAACGUUUCAUGCGCGUUUGUAAAGAAGGCGUUUCCCUCGCUGGGUGCAGAGAUGGGGUUGCUGGGGCUGUCCAUGUGCGUGGCCUUUCUGUGUUCUUAGUCAUUAAUUUCGCCCAUUUGCUUUAUCUUAGCCUGGAAAAUUACAUAAAUACUUCCUAUGAGUGGUGCAGUUCCAUCUUCUUUUAAUCUGUGGUAUGUUAGGCUUCAUAAAGUUGUUGUAGUAUUGGCUGUAUAAAUAUUGAUUGUCUAACUUUCUUGAUUUCCUAUUAACUUGUUUUGAAGUCCUGUAAUACUCCCACUAUCUUGCUUUGACUGAUUAGACUCUGUUCCAUUCUGUAUGAUGGGAAGUUUGAGGGUAUAGGCAACUACUUUGAAGGCAAUAAGAUUCACUAAGAUGCCCAUUCUGGUUUGACUAUUGUCUCCUUUGGAAGUCCUGUAAUGUUUACAAUGCUUAAGUUUUGUUGGUCUUGUUCUCUACUGUUUUGUUCAACUUUAUAAUAUCUAAUGAGAUAGACAAUUCUUUUUAAGGAAAUAAGAGACAUUGUUGAUAACCUUGUACUCUGUUUUACAUCAUGUGCUAUGUCUAUCCUUGGUUUGACUGACAGCUUUGUUUUGCCAUAUUUGACUUUAUUCUCUCCCUCCCCCCAAAAAAGUAAUAAGAACUAAGGAAUAAUAAAACCCAAAAUGUGUAAAUUUUGUUGUAAAAAAGAGAGGUGGAAAAAAAAGUUCUAAAUGAUACAACAGCAAGAGUGUUUAGGGGUGUUAAAAUAGCUGACCAUAUUAAUGUUUUUGGUUGGAUCAUUGAACACAACUGUUUGCAGUCUCACUGUUUGAGUGUCCACUUUGUAUGCUUUGAUACUGUGAUUUGAGCAACUAUCUCUAAGAUGAUAAUAUGUAAUCUAUUAACCGGUGAUUUCUUACUGUUUUGUUUUGUUUUGUUUUUUGUAGUUCUGUAUUACUUGUACCCUUACACUGCUUUGUUUUGUUUUGUUUUUUCUCUUUUUCCUUUUAAAUAAAAUUUUAAAAAAAAAUAAAUAUUGAUUGUCACACCUUGUGAAUUGCAGCCUUUGAGUCUUUGCCUUUGAGUGUUUCCUAAUGAGAUUUCUGCUGUGUCCUCUGUAAAGAUGGUGAACUGUUUGCUCCUGUUACACAGUAUUUGCCUGCGGUGUUUUUGCCCAGCAUCCGAAUUUCUUUGUUUUAGGUAUGUUUUAGAAACGCUUCAUAUGUUCACAGAGAGAGGUUGGGACAAUGUACAUGUAUGUUUGUGGGAUUUGCUGCAUAUUCUGAAUUGGUCAAUUAAAGUCA